CCGGGAGCGCCGGUUCCGGCGCCGAUUUGCCCGGGGAGAGGAAGAGGGAGGAGAGGCGGCUCCCCGCGCCAUGGGGGGCUGGAGGCUAUUGGCCCGCGCAGCCGAGGGGCUGUGGGCCCUGGGCGGCGGAGGGGGCUGCGGGUCGCACUUCAGCCUUAUUGUGAGAAGCACACAUGGGGCUAGUUCUACCUGGUGGCAUGAACAUCUGUCUGAAGAAAAUUAUAAGUUUCUUAAACAGUUAACUGCUGAAGAGUACAAGGCCCAAACUGCAAGUAAACUGUGUCCUCUGAAAGAUGAACCGUGGCCCAUACAUCCUUGGGAACCAGGUUCCUCAAGAGCUGGUCUUAUUGUAGCAAAAUUGGGCAUGAUGCCAUUAUGGACCAAGGAUGGUAAAAAACAUGCUGUCACAUUACUUCAGGUACAAGAUUGUCAUGUUCUAAAAUACACUCCAAAGGAAGAAUGUCAGAGGAAUCGAGGAAUCCUCGUAGUAGGAGGAAAAAAUGUAUCACAUUUCUCUAAAUCUGAAUCGUUAAUGAAAAUGUACAGAGACGUUGGAGUGCCGCCAAAACAGAAAUUCUCAUCAUUUCAUGUGACUGAUAAUGCUAUCAUUAAACCAGGCACACCUCUGUAUGCUGCUCACUUCCGCCCGGGACAGUACGUGGACGUCACGGCCAAAACAAUUGGCAAAGGUUUUCAAGGAGUCGUGAAAAGGUGGGGAUUUAAAGGACAACCCGCCAGUCAUGGUCAGACCAAAACCCACAGAAGACCCGGAGCAAUAGCAACUGGGGACAUUGCCAGAGUUUGGCCUGGAAAGAAAAUGCCUGGUAAAAUGGGUAACAUAUAUCGAACAGAAUUUGGACUGAAGGUGUGGAGGAUAAACACAAAACACAAUGUCAUCUAUGUGAAUGGCUCUGUGCCUGGACAUAAGAAUUGCUUAGUAAAGAUCCGAGAUUCUGCCCUGCCUCCCUAUAAAGACUUCGCCAAAAAUUUACCAUUCCCUACCUACUUUCCUGAUAAAGAUGAUGGAGAGGAACUACCAGAAGAUUUAUUUGCUGAUGAUGUUUGUCAGCCCAGCGAACCUUCUUUGGUUUACACUUAACAUCCCUGCACAUGGCGGACGUCACAGAGCUAGAACAAAGUGCCAGCAACCACCUCCUUCUUUUCACAGUCUUACUAGUAGCACGCUGGGCCCUUCGUGUCAAGUGAACAGUUCAACCUGGCCUUGAAAGACAUGGCAUUAAAUAGAACUCAGUGAUGUUGAAUUUUAA